UGUAGCAUCCGAUUGCAGCUGCGUGAUUAUAUGAGCAUUUGGGCUUUCAGAAAAUGGAAAGCGUUUUGCUAAUGAAUCUUCUUUUUAUUCUGACUUUGGUAUCGUUGGAAACUAUGGCAAAAAAUAAAGGCGGAAUCAAAUUAGCAGUUAUGAAAAAUGAAAGGAAAUCAAGGAUAAUGAUUGUCAAGUGCUGUAGAGCUGUUUCCUGCUGGAGGUCGACUGACAAUAGACGAAGCUCUAACUUAACAAAUGCAAUCAAAACAACAUCUUCAGCAAAGACCACUGCUACUGAAAUCAAACCUUUUGAUAAAUCUGAACCAAUUACAAAUGAAGUAUUUUAUGAUACUGAAAAAAACAAUGGGGAAACAAGUACAGAAUUUGCAGCGUUAACAUCCAUUACAAGCACAUCAGUUAUUGACACUUCAAUAUCCACACUUUCAACGUCCAGGAAACCAUCUUACACAACUUCUAUGUCCAUGACUCUAACAUCCACAACUUCCACGUCCAAAACUUCAACUUUUGAAAAAUCAACUUCGGAAGCUUCCACGUCCGAAAAUUCAUCGUCCGCAACAAAUUCUAAAAUUUCAACCUUAGAAACUUCAACGUCCACAUCCACAACUCCUAAGACGACAACCCCAACGACCACAAUUUCAACAACAACGACUAGGCCUCCAACCAAAGAGGAGCUUAUCCUUGGAACAUGUGAGACAUCAUUUGAACGCGACGUGAGAUUAAUAUAA